CUAGAUCAGAAAGAGACCACACAUGGUACCGUUGGUGCUAUCACAUAGCAGUAGAAGUGAGAGACUACUUCCACAAAGACCUCAUAGCGGCUGCUCUGAUCGAGAACGGUCCUUUGUUUUGCUGUUUGCACUAUGGAUGCUCCAAUAUGGAAUCCCAUCUAUCCUCACGGCACUUUUGCUGGUACCCUGGAAAUACGGCCCGACUUAACCAGGUUGGCAAACGGACCUGUUUUGUAUUCUGUCUGUAUCGAAGGGCACGAGUACUUGGUAAAAGAGAUUCCUUUCAAUGAUGACAAAGACAAAUUUGAUGCGACAGUCGUUAUGAAGGUUGACAAACUCAGAGCCCUCGAUCACGAGAACACCACCAAAUACUUUGGCUUGGUUAUACGGCAGCAGGAAGGAAAUAGGAAUUGGAUAAACUAUCGCAUAUCCUCCCGCUACUAUUCAGGUGGCAAUUUAAAGCAAUGGGUACAACAAGCGGCAAAAGCAAGACCGCUUAUUAAGCAAUGCUUGCCGCACGCCACGAUUCGACAGUUUCUUCGGGAUCUCCUGACAGGUUUAGAUUGCAUCCACUCGAAUUUCGACAUAAUUCAUUGCGACAUUAAACCGCAAAAUCUUGUACUGAGGCACACCGGCUAUCAGCGACUCGUCAUCGUUGAUUUCGAAGGAGCAAUAUUCCAGGAAGAAUCACAGGAUAGAUUGGAGAAUGUCGAUUUUACUGCUCUGUACGCGGCACCGGAAGUGAGUCUACGCUGCGCCGAACUUGCUGUGGGUUUGGAACAUCCAGCCAAGAUUUCCCAUAAGAGCGAUAUUUGGAGUGUCGGGUGUGUUGCUCUGCAAAUGUACACUGGUUAUUCCCCCGUUAUUCAACAGUGGGAAAAAUCACCCGAAUCUAUGGCGGAUGACUGGGACGGAUCGUAUAGAAAGAUCUGCUACACCGAACCAGAAGCGAUAAUGUUUCAGCUGAUGUUUCAGCAAGCGCGGCCCCUGGUGUCCUCGAAUAUGGAUCCACUGCUGAAGGAUUUCGUUAAAUUAUGUUUACAGUUUAAUAUGGACAGUCGCAGAACGGCAGCGGAAUUACUGCGUGACCUGAACGGUUACCUAUACUUGAGUAACUGAAGAAUAAAUUCAGUAUAACUACGGUUUCUAUGAUGGCAGUGGUGUGGGGCGUAUAUUUGACGCAGUACAUGGUCUACCUAGUCGCCAGACACACGCCA